GCUAUCAAGACAAGGGUUGAUUGAUUCGAGUGUCAUUUCAAGAACAUAAAAGAAGAGCAUUUACAGAAAAGAACUUCGAACUCUGUUCUUCGAAUUAAGAGGAAAUCUCGGGCUUUGGUUUGAUGUUCCCAUUAUUAAUAUGCCAAACAAAAACUCGAACUCGUUCGAGGAGGAGACUACGGCCAACUCAUUGCAUCCGAGAUUUCGCUCCCCGCCUCAUGGGUGGUUGCCUUGUGUGCUCCUAAAUUUGUGGUCUUUUCUUGAACUGACAAAGGGGGAUACCAAUUUUAGAGAGAGAGAGAGAGAGAGACUAUUUGGUGUGUCGCUAUCCAAAUUUCAAGGAGUGCAGGAAAGGUUGAGAAGAGAUGGUGGAGAUGGUGGGAGUCUGUUAAUUGAUCCCUCCUCUGACUCCCGUCCCCUGUUCUCUGAGAGGUGGGAUGGUGUGGUAUCAGAGAACAACAUCAAAAACAUUACUUUUACGACGCCUCCCUGCCUCGUCCCUCUGCUCCACUCAUAAAGUUUCCCUCUUUAUCACAACGACGACGAUAUAGCCACUGCUGAAUCGUUGAUUCGCUUCCAUCAGCUGCGGAAAGACUCCUUCCCUCCUAUCUUUUCCCUCAGCAGUUGGAGCGCACCAAAAAUGUCGCACCUUUUCGAUGCAUUCCGGGCGCUGGAGUAGAGAGAGCCGGAGGGAUCUUUAAGCAAGACGGAGGAGAUCGAAACAUCAAGGGUUGGCUGCACGUCCUCCGGUCCAAUCACCUGGGCCUGCAGAACUACCGGAAACGUUGGGUGCAAGGAGCUCUGAGGAGGCAGCUACUUGAAUCAAAUCCUCAAUGGAAGCUGCAUUUAUGGAGGACACAAACAAAGAAGAGAAUGCUGUGGCUUGUUCGAAGAGAAGACGGCAAUCUUUUAGGUCAAGCCGUAGAAAUGAGAAAAGUCGCAUGCAUUCUAUAGACUGGACAGUUUUCUCAUCUAUGCACACUGAUCUAAUGACAUUCGAUGUUAUAGCACCUUCCAUGUGGACGAUAAUUGGCUGUAAAAAUGGCUUACGGCUGUUCAAAGAAGCAAAAGAUGUUGAUUUCCCCAACAAGAAUUGGGAAGAUCAUCCGGCUAUAAUGACGGUUGGUGUUGUCGAUGCAGCAUCUGAGUCCAUUUUCCAGACAGUAAUGUCUCUCGGACAGUCAAGAUCAGAAUGGGAUUUUUGCCUGUUAGAGGGAAAUGUCAUUGAGAACUUGGAUGAUUACACUGAUAUUAUCCACAAGAAGUUGCGUGGUGAUUGGCUACCAUGGGGAAUGAAAAGAAGGGACUUAUUGUUACGGCGUUACUGGAGGAAGGAAGAUAACGGAACAUACAUUAUCCUAUACCACUCAGUCGUCCACCAUAAAUGCCAACCUGAAAAAGGAUAUGUUCGUGCCUGGCUUAAAAGUGGAGGCUAUGAAAUAUCUCCCGUGAACCAAGGAAAACAAUCAAUUGUAAAGCAUAUGUUGGCAAUAGAUUGGAAGUUUUGGAAAUUGUAUAUUUUUACCUCAUCUUCAAUGGGCAUUACAACAAAGAUGCUAGAGAGGGUUGCAGCUCUCCGAGAAUUCUUCCGAGCAAAACUUGGUCACUCUGCAUUCUCAGAUUUCUCAUCAGAUGGUUUGACAAGAGAGAUAGUAUUGCCACAGACCGAGGAGCAAAUUAAACUGGAUAUGCAGUCAGUGGAUGAAAACAAUAAGAUUGAAAGCUUUGCCAAAGAGAUACAAAUGUCUUCUCCCAAACAUGCUGGUAAUGGGUCAUUACGUCAACUUAAUGAUGCAGCUGAUGAAUUCUUUGAUGUUCUCACUGAAGCAGAGUAUGAUCAAACAGAAUUCUGGCCUGCUGAUGAAAACAUGCAAACCCAGUUAGUGCAAGACCAGUGCCAAGGUGAGCUAUCUACAACUGCAGUUUUCAUAGAGAAGCUGCAUGAUGUUUCAGUUCAAAAGAGUGGUUCUGCUGACUUCGAAGAGUCACAUACCGGAGAUAGCAUGUCAUGUAACUAUGGAACCACUCUUCCAAAAGAUCCAAAUUGCAGUGUGGUUUGCAGUUGGGCAACAGCAGAUCCUUCUACAUUCUUGAUUCGUGGUGAAUCAUACUUACAUGACCAUCAAAAGGUAAAAGCAAGCGAAACCCUGAUGCAAAUGGUAGCUGCAGAUUGGUUGAAAUCGGACAAGCGUGAAGAUGAUCUCGGUGGUCGGCCUGAUGGAAUUGUUCAGAAAUAUGCAGCACAGGGUGGCAGCAAGUUUUUCUUUAUUGUGAACAUGCAGGUUCCAGGUUCAACCACAUACAGUCUAGCUUUAUAUUAUAUGAUGGAUAUGCCAUUGGAAGAUGUCCCUCUUCUAGAAAGUUUUGUCAAAGGAAAUGAUGCAUAUAGGAAUUCAAGGUUUAAGCUCAUCCCAUAUAUAUCAAAGGGUUCUUGGUUAGUGAAGCAAAGUGUUGGUCAAAAAGCAUGUCUUGUGGGUCAAGCACUUGAUAUCAAUUAUUUUCGUGGGAGCAACUAUCUUGAGGUUGCGAUCGAUGUUGGUUCAUCCACUGUCGCUAGGAGUGUUGUCAGUCUCGUCAUUGGUUACUUGAACAGCUUGGUGAUAGAAAUGGCAUUCCUGAUGCAGGGUGAUAAGCAAGAAGAGCUUCCAGAGUUCCUGCUGGGAACUUGCCGGUUGAACCAACUUGAUAUAGCCAAGGCUGUCCCUAUUAAUCCAUCGUGAUACUGAGAUUGAAUUUGUCGGAUGAUUCUUUAAUGUGAUUGAAGUUCCAAAUGGUGCCAAACCAUUGUAUAUUUUUCUUCAGAUUUGUAAAAAAAAAAAAAACAAUUUUUUAAAUGUAUUUUGUCAUUCUUUGAUAUAGGAA